AUGAAGCAAUGGGUGCAGAAGCUGAAGGGCGCCUCGAUAUCGGGGUACAGCUCGCUCACGCCCAGAGGGCUGGGGAUGAAGGUGCCAGGGGCCCUGCCCAAGCUGUCGAUCGUCGGUCUGGACGUAGAGGUGAGCACGAUCAUCAGAGGCGACAGCAUCGAUGUCAGGUACCCGCACGACACGUACUCCACGGAGCUGGAGUGCAUCGAGCCGAUGUCCAUAACUACGCACACCACCAGCGUCAACGUGGUGUCGGGCAGGCACAUGGGUAUCAUCAAGUACCUCGUCGAGACCUCAGACGGCUAUGUGCGCGUGCACGACUCACUCCCCAAUCACCGCGCCGGGGCGAUCAAGCUACUGGGGUAUCCCGAGGACGUGGGUCGAAGUGCCGUCGCCGCGAAGGUUGCGAAGUGGAGGAGCGUGGAUCUGGAGAAUGCGGCGGUCGACGCGGGCGCGUUGAUUGCUACGCUGAGGGGUUACGAGCAAUGGGACGUGCUUCCUCACACGAGAGCGAUCAAGGACUUCCCUAUCUAG